UUUGGGCAGAAAGCCUGUAACGCUAACAGCGCUGAGGGAGCGCUGACAUACGGCUGUCUGACAGAACUGCUAAACUGUGUCCCGCACACCAAUAAAUCCCCCAGUUAGUCAUGACAGAACUCGCCUGACUGUGUGUCUCUAAAGUCUCUGAGAGAACUGAGUUUAAAAAAAAAAACCCGCUCGCCUACUGGAAAUGAUUCACUGAAUGUGUGAGUGAGAGGGAGGCUCGCGCUCGCGUCAGAGACGAUUCCGAGAAAAAAGCCUUCCUGGAAGUGAGGCGAGCUCCGGCGGCCAAACCCUACAGGGUUUCAUCCGUUCACUUUUAGGAUAUUAACAGGCGUAACACCUUUCAUUUCCACAAACCAUGUCCGCAGCCGUUUCAGCUCAGCUCCUGCUUCAUUAGUAUCUUCAGAGCCUUUUAUAACGACGGUCUGCCUUUUUUUUCACACAACGGAGCAGAGACGCAGCUGAGGAGGAUCCGGUUUGAGACGCGCAGAGCCCUCAGGGCUGGACUUACAUUUUUUUGAAGCCACGGCAAACUAGACCCCUCAGGAGCGGAUAAGAAACUUUCAGAGACCGUUUAGGAUUCCGACUUAAAGAUCAACGAUGAUUCUCUGCGUUCAAGGUCCAAGAGCACUGUUGCCAGACUCUCAAACUCAGGUGGUUCCUCUUGGGGUGUCCGUCCUCUCUUCCUCUUCUCCAAGAUGUCUUCACAACACCACCAAGAUAUGGGACCCCUCCAAAGAUCUGCGUGCCAUUGCCAGCACAUUCUGUUAUCUAGAUGCAUCAGGGUGGUACUGGGGCGCCAUCACUGCUGGCGAGGCCCAUUCUGUCCUUCAGGGGGCACUGGAGGGCACGUUCCUGGUGAGGGACAGCAGCCACCCGCUCUACAUGUUGACCUUGUCUGUCAAAACAGGGCGCGGGCCCACCAAUGUCCGCAUCGAGUACAGCCACGGACGCUUCCGUCUGGACUCCAGCUCCCCGACCAGAACCAGGCUGCUCUCCUUUCCUGACGUGCCCAGCCUCGUGCAGCACUACGUGGGCUCCAAGAAAGGAAAGGAGGCGUCCGAGGAGGACGAGAAGGAUUCCAAAGUGCCUCCGGUGCCUAAGGAAUGUGCGGUGCUACUAAAGCUGAAACGUCCACUCCACCGUCCCCAAGCUUUCCCCUCUUUGCAACAUCUCACACGCUUGGCCAUCAACAGCUACACAUCCUGCCCAGAAAACCUGCCUCUACCUAGGCCACUACUCCAGUACCUACAGGACUACCCUUUCCAACUCUGAAAAUACCAUGACAAACACAUGCCAGGCUAAAAGGAGAGGACACUGACGUCAUGCCAGUCAACCCUGCAGGCAUGGGAAUCAGUCGAAAGCGCACUUCCAGAAAAAAUGGGGCUUUUGGCUCCCAGUCCAGUGGUGGCUAUUUGUAAUGUUCUAGAACAAUCUCUCCAUUGAUUGUUAAGCCUAAUUUAUGCUCUGGCCAACACUUUUUUAGAGUUAAAUUAAGCUUUUUGUUCCAAGAACCGACUGUCUGGAACUGUAAUGGAACCUAAUGGACUUGCGAAUGACAAAUAGGUGAGAAAGAAGUUUGCAGCCAAGCUAAUGUUCUUCGGUGCAAAUGGAGAGAAGAAUUUUGUUCCCUCAUAGAAAUGUCAUUAUACCAGAGAUGCUGGGUGGACUUUGUAAAGACAAAGAUUUGGAGUUCGCCAUGGGUUUGUUGCUCCCUGCACUGUAGCCUUUGCAUAGGAUCACGUCACAUAUUUAAGAGAUUCUUAGAGAGACAGUAUAGAGUGUGAAGCAGUCAGUGAGCUGUACAGCUUGAAACAUGACACCGUCAAGGCACAUUCAGGCGAAGCCCUGUCUCUCUCUUUUUUUUUUUUUCCUUUUCAUUUUUUUCUUGUUGAAAUACAUUCUGGUAUAUCUGACUAUAUUAAUCAGUCCAGAUUAAUUUAUUUUUUUCUAUCCCCACAAUGUGGGUGUUGUAUAUAUUUAUGGACAAAGAUCCUUUUCAUUUUGUAAUAAAAAUUAACUUUAUUGAG